AGGAUUCCGGAUGGGAGCGGCGCAAUGGACGUGCAAGUAGCACCCCUGAGAUCCUGGGACGAUUUUAUUCCAGGCCACGACCGCUUUGCCUUGCCGGAUUUUAAAGACAUUUCCAAAUGGAACAACAGGGUGGUCAGCAAUUUGCUCUAUUACCAGACCAACUACCUAGUGGUGGCUACCGCGGUGAUCUCCAUAGUGGGAUUUCUGAAUCCACUGAGCAUGCUUCUUGGUGCUGCUGUGGUGAUCCUGGUAUUCACAGCAUUUGUCUGGGCAUCCCACAACAAAGACUUCGUUCGCAAGUUUAAGAAGCACUAUCCUGCUGCGUUUGUCAUCACCAUUGUAUUGUUGAGCUACUUUGUGAUAUCCUUUUUUGGAGGUGUCAUGGUGUUCAUGUUUGGAAUCACAUUUCCUCUGUUCUUGAUGUUUGUUCAUGCUUCCUUGAGGCUUCGGAACAUAAAGAACAAAUUUGAGAACAAGAUGGAAGGCGUAGGCUUAAAGAAGACUCCUAUGGGCAUCAUCCUGGAUCUCCUAGAACAGCAAGAAGAAGGCAUCACCAAACUGGCUGAUUACCUGGCUAAAGCAAAGGAAUAAAUAUGCAUGCUGCCCAUUGUUUUUAGUUGGAGGUAUUAGUUGGCCUUGUCCAGCAUAACUUUUCAGUCUGUGGAUAUACACAAUACACAGACUGCAAAGUUGAAGUGCGGCAAAAUAUCGCAAGUUCUUCAAGGCUUAUCUAGCCAGUGUGGAGGGAUGAUAGUAACUGUUCUGUAACAUACUAAGAUGUCUGACACACAAAUGCAUCUGAUAGUUCAUAGCACUCGCUUGGUUUCAGAGGCAAAAGUUCUCCCAAACUAUUUGACUCUAUGUUAGUGCUUUUCAAAUAUGUACUUUGAGGCAGUGCCCUACAUGUAAGCAAUCCCUUUUACCUCCUAUCUAACCAAGGUAAUAAUACACAAAAACAAAACUAAUAUUAACUAGGGCUAAAGAAUGUCCAUUUUGCAGUAUUUUGGAGUUUAUUUUAAUGUACCCCUUGGCUACUCUGUUUUCAAAUGGAAAAAUAGAGAACUCCAAUUUAGUCACAUGUAAAAUUUCUGACAAAUCUGGAUCUUUUCCUGAUUACAAACUGGAACCUUUUCCUGCACUAGAAUUGCAAGUCUGCAUAGAUAACAUCUCAUAAACAAACAUUCCUUCAGUGUACCUAUGCAGAAUUACAGUAUUCAGGGGGCAGAUAGUAUAACAAGAUGGACAUGAUUUUCUGUGCAUGCCAUAUUCAACUGUUCCUUGUGCUUUAAUAUAUAUAGUAUUUGCUAUUAAAUAGAAUUAUGGGUCUUAAAGAGUCUUUCGUUAACAUGGAUAUAUAUUUAAAACAAACAAACGAAUGGAAAAACGGUUCUCAUUUUUUGGCAAGUGGGGGGGGGGGGCUAUCCAGGCUUUAUUUUCUUCUAGCAAAGGGAUGAAACCAUUCCAGGAAACACCAUAUUUCAAGCACUAUGAGUCUUUGCCUGAAUGCGUACUGAAUAUGACUUCAGUGUGAACCAACUUUACAGAAGAAAAAUGUUCAAGUCAUCGUUGCAUAUCAUUCACUCCUGUCUUUCCUUUGAUUUGAUGUAUUUAUGAGCAAAGAUGUAGACUCUUAUUUAUGCAGCAAUUACCUAUAGAAGGAAAACUCCUUGCGUGAUUUUUAGGACUGGUGUUAGCAUUGUUACCAUUCUCCUCCAUUCCUUCCCUUUUGAGUUGACAGUUGUAACACCACAUUCUAUAUACAAGUUGUAAAAUGACCCGUAUUUUCUUGGAAGUAUGUCUCUACCUAUGCAUUCCAGGAUUAAAGACAAGUAACCUGGUCUUGAUUUCUGUGUUUUA